GAGAAAGACGAUUAAAAGAUCUUGAAAAUGAAAGGGAAAGUGAGGAAAAUCCUGAACCAGAUAAUGAAGAUGAUUGGCUAAAAUAUGCAGAUACCAUAGUGAAUAGAUGUGCUCGAUUCAAUUCUGCAAGAGAAAGACGAUUAAAAGAUUUUGAAAAUGAAAGACGGCAAAGUGUGGAAAAUCAAGAACUAGAUGCUGAAGCUUUACAUUUUCCAACAACUACAAAAACCUUAGACAAAGUUUUAGAAAGAUCUACAAGGACUCUUGUGAAGGAGGAGGAUCCUGAAAGAGAGAGUUCUGAUAAGCCUAGUGAAUCCAAUAAAAAUUUCGACAAACCAGGUAUCCAGCUAAAAUCAAGCCUUUAUCAACAGAAAGAAAUAUGGAAACAGACUGAAAAAGAGGAUACAGAGAAACAGAUAAAUAUAGAAGAGAGAUGGAGGACCAAAAAAAUGGAGUGGACCUCACCUCAGAGAAAGCUAUUGUCUUUUGACCAAAAACUUGAACAACUCAGACAAAAUGAUGGAGAAGCCGACAUUAGAAUCCAAAAACUAAUUGAUUAUUUAUAUAUUGAACAAACGCAUUCUCAACAAUAUCAUCAGUAUCAUAGAGGUCAGAAUAAAACAACUAAAUAUAAGGACAUCAUUCAGAGAGUUGAUUACCUGGACUGUUCAGGUCUGGAUUUAAGUAAGGACGAAAAGCAGUUUAAAGGUUUUGAACCAUUUACUCAAAAUCACGUUGAUGAUUUUUUGAGCUGGAUGAUGGACUGUGAUGAAGUCUUCCAAAAAACAUACUCUACAAAAUGUCGAUCCAUUUUAUCCACUUUAUUUGCUGCAUAUACCAAAGAAGCAAUAAUUCAGUUCAAACCAAAACCCCUUUCUUUGAUUAUUGAUAUUUGCAUGGAUCACGCUAUUGAGAACAAAAACCACAUAUUAGUUUUAGAGCUUGUUAGGUCAUACAUAUUCAAUUUUGAUUUUAAUUUGCAAAAACGUUUCGAAGGGAAGAAGAUUAAUUCUGUCCUUAUUGACACCCUCUUGCAAACAGCGAAAUGCAUGAUUUUAAGCAGAUUUCCAAGGCUUCGAAAAAAUUCAAUCAGUCUAUCGUUUUGUUAUGAAUGCAGUCAAGAAAAUUGGCUUGUAAUAAUGAUGACAUACAAAGGAAUUAUAGAAAUGAAAGACGGAAUCCCCGAAAAAGCCAUGGGGGUUAGUCUAGUACUUUAUAACUAUACACAACCAUCUGAUGAAGCAAAAUUUGUCUUUAGUUCCAGUGUGGCUUCUUGUUCCGUGAUAAACUUACCUGUUAUUGCAGAAAAAGAAGCGCAACAACUCCUUAAUAAGCAUUCCAACCUCUCCCUGAUAUCAGCAUCCCCAUUUAAAUCAACAGGGUAUUCAACAGGAAAGCACAGGGUUGUCAAAAAACCAUGCAUUAGUCUGUUGUGUCUACAUAAAGGACACAUACCAUUAGGAGAAAGAGAGUUCCCAAAACAAAUCAAUGGGUUUGAUGUAGACGUACAGGAGGGAUAUUGUUCUUUUGGAAGUGGUAGAUCUAUAGACUUUGGAGGACAUAUUCGUCGUGCCAGAGGAAUUAACACGCCUGGAAAUGGAAGCAUUGGGGGUUUUGUUGAUUUUUCAGAUGGUUCAGUUGGUUUAAUAACAUGUGCUCAUGUUGUGUUUUCCACAGAUGAAUUAAAAAUACCAAAUAGUGUCAUGCAGAACUAUUUACUGGGUAUAGAUACUGAUUUAAACGUAGAAUUUUUUGAUAAAAAUCAGCAUAAUUUUCAAGUGUGUGGCACCAUCGUGGAUAAAUGUUUUCCAUUAUCAUCUGAUAUCAAAUCAGUUGAUGCUGCUUUGAUAAAACUUGAUCAAACUAUAAACGAAUUUGGAUUUCCUGUAACCCUACCUCAUCAACUAUAUUCAGCAGGAUUUGACCCAAAUAUAUCACCCGUAUUUACUGGAGAGGUUGUUAAUAUUCCAGAUACUAUAGUAAGCAGUAGAAUUCCAGAAAAAAUGGACAGUGUUAUUAAAUACGGGAGUAAAACAGGAUUCACUAUUGGAAGUCUGUAUUAUAAUGGAGCGCAUAUCCGCUUUGUGGACGACACUGGAGAAUUGCCGGAUAAAACGCCUGUUCAUAUGUGUAACCAAAUAGAAAUUCAAAGCCUUCCCCACGGUAUGUUUUUUGAACCUGGUGAUUCGGGAUCCUUUGUUUUUUGUAUCAACCCUGAUAAGACACUAAGCUGUAUUGGGAUGGCUAUUGGCUCUACAACCAAAGGGUCCUGUUUUGUGACACCAAUGACUAGAAUUUUAGAUUCUUUUGGUCUUCCUCAUAGAUUAAAACCAUGUACCUCCUUGGCCUCUAUGAACAACCCUAAAACAUCCGAAAAACCUCCUAAUUCAGACUUAUUACUGCAGAGGAAUGCUGGCGGUAUGUCUGAAGUUAAUUUGGGAACAAUAUUGUUAGAAUUAAAAAUGUCAAUGACGAAUAUGCAAACAUCAUUAACAGACCUUCGAAAUGAACAAAAGAAUUUAAGAUCUUCAUUUCAGACAGAGGUUGAACACUUGAAAAGAGAAGUUCAGGAAAUAAAAGAAGAAUAUCAAACAAAAUCUUCUGCGAGUUCGUCAUAUCUCACUCAGAAAUAA